AUGGGUCAAUUAUGUGAUGCACUAAAUGAGAUAGAAAAAGGUAAACUCCCUAGUCAACCUCAACAAAUUCAGAAAAAUGCAUUUCAGGCAAGCACCUCAACUUGCAAUGAGUCCUCUCGUGAUCAUGUGAAUGUUGUCACCACUCUUCGUAGUGGUAAGGUUUUUGAUAACAAUGUAGGUGUACCACAGUCAUUCGAGUUUAAAUCAGACUCACCGGUGCAUACGACUCCACAGAAAACACCAGUUAUGGAAAAGGAAUCUGAGCAUGAUAGUGACUCUAAGAAUUCCACUGAUAUUAAUGUCCCUGCACCAUUUAAUGUGCAUGUUGAACCCUUCCCUCAAAUAUUGGUGCCACAUAAGAAAGGUAUGCAAUACAAUGAGCUGUUAGGAAUGUUCAAACGAGUCAAUAUCAACAUCCCUUUUCUCGAAGCAAUCAAUCAUAUACCUGCUUAUGCUAAGUUCUUGAAAGAUUUGUGCACUCAAAAGAGGAAGAUUCAUGUGCAUAAGCGUGCCUUUCUCACUGAACAGGUAAGUUCCAUAAUUCAAAACAAAACACCACCUAAGUUUAAAGACCCAGGUAGUCCAACUAUCACAUGCACUAUAGGUGACCAUACAAUCGAUAGGGAUUUGCCAGACUUAGGUGCAAGUGUGAACCUUUUGCCAUAUUCUGUGUAUGAGCAAUUAGGUCUUGGGGAACUGAACCCCACUCAUGUUACGCUACAGUUAGCGGAUAGAUCUGUGAAAAUCCCUCGUGGUAUUUUUGAAUAUGUUUUAAUCAAGGUUGAGAAAUUUUAUUUUCCCGUGGACUUCAUUGUGUUAGAUACUCAACCUGUUCAAUAUCCAGACAAUCAUAUUCCUGUCAUUUUAGGACGUCCUUUCUUGGCGACGUCCAAUGCUAUCAUCAAUUGCUGUAAUGGAGUGUUGAAUUUGUCUUUUGGUAAAAUGACUGUGGAACUGAAUGUGUUUAACAUUAGUCAACAACCCAGUGAUUGUGAUGAUCCUGAAUUGCAUGAGAUUAACAUGAUUGGGAGUCUAAUUCAAGACUCAUUUCCUGACAUCUUAUCUGUGGACCCUUUGCAAGCAUUGGAACAAUUUCCACUUUCUGAUUCUGAGUCUACCCCGUUUCUUGACGAAGCACCUAAGCUUGAUUUGAAACCAUUUCCCGAUAGUUUGAAAUAUGCAUUCUUAGGUUCUUCUGAAACUUUACCUGUUAUUAUUGCAUCAUGUUUAGAUAAAGAACAUGAGAGUAAACUUUUAGAAGUGCUUAAAGAGCAUAAAGAGGCCUUAGGUUGGAACAUCUCAGACCUUAAAGGUAUAAGUCCCACAAUUUGCAUGCAUCACAUAAAUCUUGAAGAAAACACUAAACCAUCUAGGGAAAUGCAAAGGAGACUUAACCCCAACAUGAGAUAUGUUGUUAAAGGUGAGAUACUGAAAUUGCUCGAUGCGGGUAUCAUAUACCCAAUUCCUGAUAGCUAG